AACAUCUGUAAGAAGAGGCAAGAACCUCCUUUCAGUACGGACUUCCACAGGACCUGAACAGGGCUCACAACCCCUGGUUCUUUUCACCACCAUCUAAAAGACGUCUGACUCAGAAACAUGUCUGUGCCCAAACCUCGAGUGAUCUCUCUCAAUAAGCGUGAGGGUCAAAGCUAUGGCUUCUUCCUGAGGAUUGAACAGGGUGAGGAUGGUCAUCUGAUCCGGGCCCUGGAGAUGGGUGGUCCUGCAGAGCUGGCAGGGCUGAAGGAUGGAGAUCGCAUCGUCAGAGUCAACGGCACUUAUGUUGACAACCUGGAACACAGCCAGGUUGCUGAGAUGGUUAAGAAAAGUGGAAUGUCCGUCACUUUUCACGUCCUGGGGGAGGAAGCUUAUAAAAAAGCCAAAAUGAAUGGAAUAAACCUUUCAGACCCGCAGUCUCAACCCAGCCAGGGCCAGACGGUCAUGAACGGAGGGUCUGCUCCAUCCCCUAAACUCAAACUCUGCUACCUGCAGAAGACCAGCGAAGGCUUCGGCUUUUCCGUCAAAUCCACUAAAGGUGAAAUGGGAAUCUCCAUGAUGGACGUGGUUGCUGGAGGAGUUGCUGAUAAGUCAGGAGUUAAUAUGGGAGAUCGCCUGGUGGAAAUUAAUGGAGAGAAUGUGGAUAAUUCUACACAUGACCAAGCUGUGGAAAAGAUCAAGGCAUCUGGAAACAGCGUGAUGUUCUUAUUGGCGGAUGAAGACACCUACAAAUUCUACAAGAACAAACGGAUCACAAUGGGGUCUGGGCUAGCCAGUGUGAAGCAUCUCCCAAUGAAGCCCCGCAUUGCUGACAUGACCAAGGGAGCAGAUGGAUACGGCUACUUCCUUAAGGAAGACCCAAAAAUGCCAGGUCAUUUUAUCGGAGAAAUAGACCGGAAGAGUCCUGCAGAGAGAGCAGGACUGAAGGAGAUGGACCGGCUGGUGGCUUUGGAAGGAGAAGAGGUAGAUCAGUACACACAUGAGCAGGUAGUGGAUAAAAUACGCCGGCUUGGAAACAGAUGCUGCCUCCUGGUGGUGGAUGCUGAAACAGACAAAAUGUACAAAAUGGGUGCUGCAUCUCCUCUACUUUACUGGGAGGAAAUGAGGGGUUCCCUGCCUAAGCCAAGUCAGCCUCAGCCUGAGCCUGAACCUAAACCAGCUCCACCACCAUUCCCAGAAGCAACCCCAGCCCCAGAAACACCAUUACCUGCAGUACCACCUUAUCCCGGUGAGGAAUCCUACAAACCCAAACUGUGCCGCUUGGUGAAAACCUCGACUGGAUAUGGAUUCCACCUCAACGGCAUUCAAGGAGUCCAUGGACAAUACAUUAAAGAUGUGGUAAAAGGUGGCGCAGCAGACAGAGCUGGACUGGAGGAUGAAGACAUUGUGGUGGAGGUCAAUGGUUUGAACGUGGAAAAGAGCACACAUGAUGAAGUUGUGAAAAUGAUCCGGAGCAGUGGUGACACACUGGUCCUCCUAGUGGCUGAGAAGGCAGCUUAUGACCAUCUGAAAGCCAAAGGAGUCGCAAUUACCCAACAGCUGCUGGAUUCAGAGAAAAACACACCAGAGCCAUGUGUACCUGCCAUUACCCCUGCCAUCACUGCCGCUGCAGCUCCUGCACCUGCCGCCGCAUCCCCUGCACCUGCUGCCGCAGUUCCUGAACCUGCUGCGGCAUCCCCUGCACCUGCCGCUGCUGCCGUCGCCCCUGCCAUGCCACAAGAAGAACAAAACAAAAGAUCAUCGACCCCGCCAGCACAGCCUCGGGCAAGGACCCCGUCCGUAUCAUCUACGUCCUCAUCAGACAGCGAGGAUGUGAGGCUUUGAGAACAUCACUGCAUGUCCUGCAUGUCAUUCUCAUAUUUAUGUCAUCGAUUUACAUCACAAAGUUAAAAGCAUGUCUAGCAAAUGGUAAAUGAUAACCUGGCUUUAACAGAAACUUUCUUUGGUGGAAUCCUGGAUUCUCCCCUCUUUAAAAAUCUGAAUUACAUUAAUAAAGCCGAUAAAUAAAAAGGAGCAAAAUCAAUUCAAAAAAUAUUUAUUAUAAAAGCAUCUGAGGGUCUCCCCAACUUCCACAUAAAAGAUGAUGGAUGAUAAAAAAAAUGACUGGCACAACUGUGAUGCACUUCUCCAGGUAGUUUCCAUGAUCUGGUGGGUUUUCUCUGCUGUAAUGAUCUUUCUCUGUAUUGGUGGCAAUUCGAAGGAUAAAAAUGCUGUGAUCAUUUUGGAGAAAAAAAAAAAAACUGUUUUAUGCCAUUUAUGAGAGAACUCGUUUGUUUAAUAAACUCUGAACCUUUUCUCUUCACACAUUUUAUUUGUACUGUGCAGAAACACUUUAAGUACUUUCCAGAACAUAACACUAUAUGGACAAAAGUAUUGGGACACAACUCUUAAGCACAGAAUUCAGGUAUUUCUUUAGUCCUAUUGUUGCAGGAGAAUAAUAUCAAGCACCUAGCCAUGCAGUCCGACUUUAUAAACAUUAGUGAAUGAACUCGUGAUUCUAAAAAGCUCAGUGAAGUCGUAAUAGCUCGGUACUGUUAUAGGAUGCAGCCAUUGCAACUAGUCAGUUAUUAUUUAGAUAUAUUCCAUCAUCAACAGUAAAUGGUAUUACUAAAGAGUGUGGAAGCCUAUAAUUUUAGAAUGCAAUAUCACAAAAGCUCUUGUCUGUGUACAAAGUAAGUGUUCCAAUACUUUUUGUCCAAAUAAUGUAUUUAAUGUAUUUAGCUGUCGAGAACUGAUAAGCUGUUAAGCUCUUUAGACCAUAAGCUUACGUUUAAAGGAUAAAUAUUCAGCCAUGAGUCACCUGGUUGUAAUAAAAAACUGUAUAAGAUAAUAAAAAUGAACUGACCUCGGAAAUAAAAUCUCAAUGUUCA